AUGCUGGUUUCUGUUUUCCAAAGAAUACUCUGUGAGUCCAGAUCACACAACACAAGACCACACACAACACAAGAUCACACACAACACAAGAUCACACACAACACAAGACCACACAACACAAGACCACACACAACACAAGAUCACACACAACACAAGAUCACACACAACACAAGAUCACACACAACACAAGACCACACACAACACAAGACCACACACGACACAAGACCACACAACACAAGACCACACACAACACAAGAUCACACACAACACAAGAUCACACACAACACAAGACCACACACAACACAAGACCACACACAACACAAGACCACACACAAUACAAGACCACACACAACACAAGAUCACACACAACACAAGACCACACACAACACAAGAUCACACACAACACAAGAUCACACACAACACAAGACCACACACAACACAAGACCACACACAAUACAAGACCACACACAACACAAGAUCACACACAACACAAGACCACACACAAUACAAGACCACACACAACACAAGACCACACACAACACAAGAUCACACACAACACAAGAUCACACACAACACAAGACCACACACAACACAAGACCACACACAACACAAGACCACACACAACACAAGACCACACACGACACAAGACCACACACAAUACAAGAUCACACAACACAAGAUCACACACAACACAAGACCACACACAAUACAAGACCACACACAACAAAAGAUAACACACAAUACAAGACCACACACAACACAAGACCACACACAACACAAGAUCACACAACACAAGACCACACACAACACAAGAUCACACACAACACAAGAUCACACACAACACAAGAUCACACACAACACAAGAUCACACACAACACAAGACCACACACGACACAAGACCACACAACACAAGACCACACACAACACAAGAUCACACACAACACAAGACCACACACAACACAAGAUCACACACAACACAAGACCACACACAACACAAGACCACACAGGACACAAGACCACACACGACACAAGAUCACACACAAUACAAGACCACACACAACACAAGACCACACACAACACAAGAUCACACACAACACAAGACCACACAAUACAAGACCACACACAACACAUUGUUAG